UGUUGCCUAUCUUCUACUCUACGUCGAUGACAUCAUCUUGACGGCUUCCUCGACGGGUCUCCUUCGUCGACUCUCGGUGCACCUCCAUGCUGAGUUCGCCAUGACCGACCUCGGCGACCUCCACCACUUCCUCGGCAUCUCCGUCAAGCGCACCGCGGCCGGCCUCCACCUCUCCCAACGGCAGUACGCCGUCGAUCUUCUGCAACGGGCUGGCAUGGCCGAAUGCCAUCCCACGGCCACUCCUGUCGACACCAAGUCCAAGCUCUCCGCCACCGACGGCAUCCCUCUCCACGAUACCGAGGCGACCGAGUACCGCAGCCUCGCCGGGGUGCUGCAGUAUCUCACUCUCACCAGGCCGGACCUCGCUUACGCGGUCCAGCAGGUGUGCCUCCAUAUGCACGCUCCUAGGGAUGUUCACAUGGCGCUGAUCAAGCGCAUUCUCCGCUACGUCAAGAGCUCGCUGGACCACGGCUUGUUCAUUCAGGCCUCUUCCUCAUCUUCACUCACGGCUUACACCGACGCCGACUGGGCCGGCUGCCCCGACUCCCGACGCUCUACAUCCGGCUACUGCGUCUACUUCGGCGACAACUUGGUGUCCUGGUCCUCCAAACGCCAGGCCACAGUCUCCCGCUCCAGCGCCGAGGCAGAAUACAGAGCUAUCGCCCACGCCGUUGCCGAGACUUGUUGGCUCCGCCAACUCCUUGGGGAACUCCACACUCCCCUCUCCUCCGCCACGGUGGUCUUCUGUGACAACGUCAGCGCCGUCUACUUGUCCGCCAAUCCCGUGCAACACAAGCGCACGAAGCACAUCGAGAUCGACAUCCACUUCAUUCGUGAAAAGGUAGCCCUCGGACAGGUUCGCGUCCUUCACGUUCCGUCCUCGCACCAGUUCGCCGACAUUAUGACGAAGGGGUUACCAAUUCAGCUCUUCGAGGAUUUUUGGUCCAGUCUCUGCGUGCGUGAACUUCCCGCUGUGACUGCGGGGGGUGUCAAAGAUAGCACAUCCAUUCUAUUUUUGGCAUUGUAUCCUCUAUAUUUGGUCAAUGGGGAUUGUAUAGUAAGCCCCUCAAUCACCUUCCAUUGCUUGUACUCUUUCCCGGUUAUUCACUAA